AUGUGUCUGCAGGUUCUGCGUGGCUUUGACAUUGCCGUUAUCUUGGAGGUGAUGAACGCUGAUGCCAUCGAUGUUGUCCUCAAGGCUUUGAACAAGUACAGUGGGCCCUACAGCCUGAAGCUCAGUUCCCCCUCUGGAAGAUCGAGCUACAAAGAACAUGUAGCAAUACUGUACAGGUAUGUAAAACGACAAAUUGUCUGCCAAGAAAAGCCGAACUUUUCCGAUAAUGAUGAGUUUGAGCGCGAUCCUUAUGCCGUGUUGUUUCACACCAAAGACUCCGUUGUCAGAAGCUUUGCCGUUGUGGGAGUUCACUUGAAGCCCGAUAAAGCCUUGGAGGAGAUGAACAGCCUGGUGACGGUGUAUGAUGACAUGACCACAGCACUUCAAACAAAGGUAGCUUCCCUUUACAUCUUCUACCCCACCGCCACCCCACCUCACGCCUCUCUCUCUCCUAGAAUUGAGCGUUAA